AUGGCGUCGGCCGCCGCCGCCGCCAAUAGCAGCAGCGACGCGGUGGAGUCAGGCGGCCUCCUGCGCCGGCGCAGCACCGCCGUCCGGGGCAAUGCCGGCGGCGCGGCCGCGGCGGGGGAGGAGGAGGAGGCGGCGUCCGUGGAGCAGGCGUUCGCGGACAGGCCCGUGCCGUCGUGGCGGGAGCAGCUGACGGUGCGCGCCUUCGUGGUCGGGUUCCUCCUCUCCGUCAUGUUCAACGUCAUCGUCAUGAAGCUCAGCCUCACCACCGGCGUCAUCCCCUCGCUCAACGUCUCCGCCAGCCUCCUCGGCUUCUUCCUCGUCCGCCUCUGGACGGCGGCCAUCGAGAGGGUGGGGUUCCUCAAGCAGCCCUUCACCCGCCAGGAGAACACCGUCAUCCAGACCUGCGUCGUCUCCGCCUACGGCGUCGCCUUCAGCGGGGGGUUUGGCAGCUACCUGUUUGGUAUGAGCGAAACCAUAGCUAAGCAAGCAACCGAGGCUAAUGAUCCUCUGAAUGUCAAGAAUCCUCACAUUGGAUGGAUCAUCGGCUUUCUGUUCCUCGUCAGUUUUGUUGGGCUAUUUGCUCUGGUGCCAAUGAGAAAGGUGAUGAUUGUGGACUACAAGCUGACCUACCCAAGCGGCACUGCAACUGCUUACCUUAUCAAUGGAUUCCACACACCAGAGGGUGCUGAACUUGCAAAGAAACAAGUCCGCACAUUAGGCAAGUACUUCUCGCUUAGCUUCCUCUGGGCUUUCUUCCAGUGGUUCUACACUGCUGGGGACAAUUGUGGAUUCAGUUCCUUCCCGACAUUUGGCCUGGAAGCUUUUAAGAACAGGUUCUAUUUUGAUUUCUCAACUACAUAUGUUGGUGUUGGAAUGAUCUGCCCCUAUAUCGUGAAUGCGUCUCUUCUAUUUGGAGGCAUCAUCUCAUGGGGCAUAAUGUGGCCACUCAUAAGCACGAAGAAAGGAAUUUGGUACUCCGACAAACUUUCAGGAAGUAGUCUACUUGGACUGCAGGCUUACAAGGUGUUCAUAACCAUAGCAGUAAUUCUUGGGGAUGGCCUGUACAACUUUUUGAAGGUAUUCGGCUACACAAUGAAAGGCUUCAUAGAUAUGUAUAAGAAUAGAAAUUUGAACACGCUCCCUAUUUCCGACAAUGGCACUCCAGCCACCAUUGAAGAGGAGUCGUUUGAUGACAAGCGUCGCAAUGAACUAUUCCUGAAGGAUCAAAUUCCCAAGACAGUUGCGAUUGGGGGCUAUGUUGUUCUUGCUGUUAUAACAACCAGUUGCCUCCCUCUCAUCAUCCCGCAGCUCAAGUGGUACUAUAUUCUGAUUGCAUAUAUAUUUGCACCUAUAAUGGCCUUCUGCAAUGCCUAUGGAAGUGGCCUGACAGAUUGGUCCCUCGCCACCACCUACGGUAAGCUUGCAAUAUUUGUGUUCGGUGCGUGGGCAGGCGCUUCACAUGGUGGCGUUCUGGUAGGACUGGCUGCCUGCGGUGUCAUGAUGAACAUUGUGGGGACAGCUUCUGAUCUUAUGCAAGACUUCAAGACUGGAUAUAUGACUUUAGCCUCGCCAAGAUCCAUGUUUAUCAGCCAGGUGAUAGGUACUGCCAUGGGGUGUGUUGUUGCACCAUGCGUCUUUUGGCUGUUUUACCUAUCCUUCAACAUUGGUGCAAGUGAUGGUGCUUACCCAGCCCCAUACACCAUUAUGUACCGUAACAUGGCAAUCCUGGGUGUCAAUGGAUUAUCCUCGUUGCCGAAGUAUUGCCUUACACUAUGCUACAUAUCCUUUGCUGCUGCCUUUACCAUCAACCUGAUAAAGGACCUGGUGCCAGAGAAGGUGGCGAAGUUCAUUCCCAUCCCCAUGGCAGCUGCAAUUCCUUUCUAUCUUGGACCAUACUUCGCCAUUGAUAUGUUCAUAGGCAGUGCAAUACUCUUUAUCUGGGAAAGGAGGAACAAAGAUGAAGCACAGUCGUUUGGGCCAGCAGUUGCUUCAGGCUUGAUGUGCGGUGACGGGCUAUGGGCCCUACCUGAGGCUAUUCUUUCUCUUGUCAACUUGAAUCCUCCACUUUGCAUGAAGUUCUUGUCAAGGGCUGCCAAUGCCAAAGUGGAUACAUUCCUCGGUAACUAGUGAGUAGUCAUAGCCGGUCUAGUGUAGAAUUUUCUCUUUAAAGUUGAUAAGUGGUCGUGUAAAGAUUUAGGGAUCACUGGCCACAUCUCUAUUUGUUACUAUGAUUUAUAGUUAGUCCUGGGCACAUCGCAGAUAUUGUCCGAUAUUUCCUGUCUCCUUUAGUAAAGAAUUUUCUUUAAACAA